CGCGCCGAAGUGUCAGUGUUGCAGUAAACAUGGCCACUUUGGCAGAUGUCGGCUGGAAGCUGCUGGAGUUUAAAGCCAGGUCCAGACGUUCAGAGUUUCAGUAGCGUUGUAGUGUAGCUGAGAGCGAGGAUUGCGGUAGAGCUCGCCUAACGAAAAAUGGCCUCCACUGCAAAUGAGAAUUCCAGUCCGCGACACAAAUUCAACAGAUAUGGCUCCAUUUAUGAACCCCUCAAGCUGUCCAUCCUGCACCAUGAGGACGAGCCGCUGUGGGAGAAGCUGGACCGUUCCUACAAUGCAGUUAAGUCCACUAUACUGAACUAUCAGAGUCCCACCACUGGGCUGUUCCCAGUGAAGACGUGCUCUAACUAUGAGGAGGCGAAGGUGAGGGACUCUCUGUACUGCGCGGCGAGCGCCUGGGCUCUGGCGAUGGCCUACAGGCGUAUUGAUGACGAUAUGGGCCGAACACACGAGCUGGAGCACUCUGCUAUCAAGUGCAUGCGGGGGAUCCUGUACUGCUACAUGAGGCAGUCGGACAAGGUGGAGAGGUUUAAGCAGAAUCCGAGUCCACACACAUGUCUGCACUCAGUGUUCAACGUGCACACCGGAGACGAGGUGCACUCGCACGAUCAGUACAGCCACCUGCAGAUCGAUGCCGUGUCUCUGUUCCUCCUCUACCUGGUGGAGAUGAUUUGUUCUGGUCUCCAGAUCAUCUACAACACUGAUGAGGUGUCCUUCAUCCAGAACCUGGUGUUCUGCGUGGAGAGGGCAUAUCGCGUGCCGGACUUUGGGAUGUGGGAGAGGGGGAGCAAAUACAACAACGGCAGCACUGAGCUCCACUCCAGUUCUGUUGGGCUGGCCAAAGCAGCGCUGGAGGCCAUCAAUGGAUUCAACCUGUUUGGAAAUCAGGGAUGCUCCUGGUCGGUGAUUUUCGUGGAUUUGGAUGCUCACAACCGCAACCGGCAGACCCUCUGCUCCCUGCUGCCCAGAGAGAGUCGAUCACAUAACACGGAUGCUGCCCUCUUGCCCUGUAUCAGCUACCCAGCCUUCGCAGUGGACGAUGACGCUCUUUACAGCCAAACGCUGGACAAGAUUGUCCGGAAGCUGAAGGGGAAAUACGGCUUCAAGCGCUUCCUCCGAGAUGGCUACAGGACGGCCAACGAGGACAAGAACCGGAGAUACUACAGACCGGCAGAGAUGAAGCUGUUUGAUGGCAUCGAGUGCGAGUUUCCCAUAUUUUUCAUCUACAUGAUCAUUGACGGAGUGUUCAGGGGAAACCCAGCGCAGGUCAAGGAAUACCAGGAGCUGCUGCAGGACGUCGUUUUCCAGUCCUAUGAUGGCCAUGCCGUCAUCCCCAAGCACUACUACGUACCGGCGGACUUCGUGGAGGCUGAGCAGAAGAAGCACGGCAGCCAGAAGCGUUUCCCUAGCAACUCGGGCCGUGAUGGGAUGCUGUUCCUCUGGGGUCAGGCUCUGUACAACAUCGCCAAGCUGCUGGUGGACGGUCUGAUCAGCCCUAAGGAUAUCGACCCCAUCCACCGCUACGUCCCACGUCAGGACCAGAGGAACGUCAGCAUGAGAUACUCCAAUCAGGGUCCCAUUGAAAAUGAUGUGGUGAUCCAUGUGGCACUUAUUGCAGAGAGUCAAAGGUUGCAGGUUUUCCUGAACACAUAUGGCAUCCAGACGCAGACCCCCCAGCAGGUGGAGCCCAUUCAGAUCUGGCCUCAGCAGGAGCUGGUGAAGGCAUACCGCUUCCUGGCUGUCAACAAGAAGCUGGGGCUUAGUGGGCGUCCAGAAAGGCCAGUGGGCUGCAUUGGGACUUGUAAGAUUUAUCGGAUUUUGGGGAAGACUGUGGUCUGCUACCCGAUCGUCUUUGAUCUCAGCGACUUCUACCUGUCUCAGGACGUCAUGCUGCUGAUCGAUGACAUCAAGAACGCCCUGCAGUUCAUUAAGCAGUGCUGGAAGAUGCCCGGACGGCCUCUGUUCCUGGUGCUCAUCAGGGAGGACAACAUAAAGGGGAGCCGUUUUAACCCUGUGCUGGACAUGUUGGCCUCAUUCAAGAAGGGCAGCAUCGGAGGGGUGAAGGUCCAUGUGGACCGCCUUCAGACCCUGAUCUCUGGAGCCGUGGUGGAACAGCUGGACUUCCUGCGUGUCAAUGAGGCUGAGAUUCCAGAGUUUAAGAGUUUUGAAGAGCUGGAGUUGCCGAGGCACUCGAAGGUGAAGCGUCAGACCAGCACUCCGAACGCCUCGGAUCUGGAGCAGCAGCCCGAGAUCAACAUCCAGGAGUGGUACAACAGACCCACGUACGAGAUCCUGCAGAAGUUCAAUGACUGUGGUUGUCUUGCCAGCCAAGCUCAGCUCGCCAGCAUUCUCCUGAAGAAAGAGGGUCCCGACUUCUUCAGCAGAGACGAGAGCCUGAAGGACGAGCUGGAGCGGAUCUACAGACAAGCGGGCAGCCGGAAGCUUUGGUCCGUUGUGCGUCUUGCUGCCAGUCUCUUAACUAAGCUAGUGGACAGCCUCGCUCCAAGUAUUACUAGCGUAUUAGUGCAUGGCAAACAGGUGACCCUGGGCCUUUUUGGACAUGAGGAGGCGGUGAUCUCGAACCCACUGUCUCCGGGGGUCAUUAAGGACAUCAUCUACAGUAAGUGCAGCCCCCACGGAGAGCGUGAGGCCGUCCUGCAGCAGGAACUGGUCAUCCACAUCGGCUGGAUCAUCUCUAACAACCCCGAGCUGUUCAGCGGGAUGCUGAAGAUCCGCAUCGGGUGGAUCGUCCAGGCUAUGAAACACGAGUUGGAGAUCCGUGCAGGGGACAUGCGCCCCCAGGACAUCUACCAGUUGUCCCCUAGCGAUGUCAAACAACUGCUUCUAGAUGUGCUCCAACCGCAGCAGACCGGCAGGUCGUGGUUGAAUCGAAGGCAGAUAGACGGCUCCCUGAACCGAACUCCGCUCGGCUUUUACGAUCGCGUGUGGCAGAUAUUGGAGAGAACUCGCAAUGGCAUCAUGGUGGCUGGCUGUCACCUUCCCCAGCAACCCACUCUGUCGGAUAUGACCAUGUACGAGAUGAACUUCUCCCUGCUGGUGGAGGACACGCUGAAGAACAUCGUACUGCCUGAGUACAGGCAGAUUAUAGUGGAGCUGCUGAUGGUGGUGUCGAUUGUUCUGGAGAGAAACCCGGAGCUGGAGUUCCAGGAGUCGGUGGAUCUGGACCGUUUGGUUAAAGACGCCUUCGCAGACUUCCAGAAAGAUCGCGGUCGACCUGACAGGGCUGAGAAACAGGAGGACAUGGAGGUGUUCUAUAACACUCCAGCCUUGGGGAAGAAAGGCACCUCCAGCUACCUGACUAAAGUCGUGAUGAUCCAGCUGCUGCAGGGCGAGGUGAAGCCCAGCAAGGACGACCCCUGCUCCGUCAGCUAAACGGCCUGCGUCUUCGCCAACGCUGGGCUUUCUCUCUGUGUCUUCAAAACGCCCACCGCUGUCCUAGCGGACCACCGCUCUCAGCUAAAUCUGCCCAACGUGGGAUUUCUUUUCUGCUUAGGCACUUUUUCACCCCUUGCCCUUUGACAAACUACCAUGAACUCUUACAUCUAUUUUUAAGACUCAUGCUCUUUACGCUUCUCUCACUUUUCUCUUACUGUAGGGUUUUUUAUUUUAGUUUACAGUAGCAGCACUUUCCUUUUUUAGAUUUUACCUCAGACACCAUGUGCUGAGUUUAUAGCUGAACACGGUUAACAGACUUACACCUUUGCCUUUCGUUGCCGUCGUGACAAAAAGUUCAUAUUUAUGUGAGGAAACUUUGAUCUAACAAGAUUUUAUUCUAGGCAAUUUCGACGCAUUUCCGUUGCUCCAUUCAUUAUGAAAUAUUCACACACUGUAAAAAAAACAGUCAAAUUUUGGAAAAAAUAUUUUAAAAAGGGAGUUAUGAGGUUAUAUCAUAUCAUAUCAUAUAUACUAAGACAACAAAACUUCUCACUGUGAACAGAAAAAACACUGCAAAUGAUAUCUUGAUACAUGAACUCAUCUUAAAUCUAGAUGCUAUAGCUAAUAUUUCUAUUAUGAGGCUUUUUUCUUUCUGGUCUUUUUCCAUGUUUUUAGUAACGGUAUCUCAGGUGAUUUUACAUUUCAAGAAAUAAUGCUUAAAGGAGCUUUUCGUUCUAAAAAAACGCAUUGUUAUUUGUCAUGUUAGUCAUGUUACAUCCACCUAGCAGCACCCCGGCGACCACCAGAUACCAUCUAAUAACGCCCUAGCAACCACCAGAUGUACCACAGCAAGCAGUCAGAAGCUCUAUCAGCUCCCUUGGAUAACACUGGAACCGUUCAACACCCUGGCAACCACCAGGCAUACCAUAGCAACCAUCUAACAACACCCUAGCAACCAUCAGGGUAAUCACCAGGGAUACCAUAGCAACCACCUAACAGCACCCUAGCAACCACCAGGUAGCAACCACCUAACGACCACCUGGGAUACCUUCUUAACUGUAACGCUAGUCUUCUGCUUUUUUCAGACAGCUGGCAAAGCUCAGAUAAAAGCUAUAAUAACAUGAUAUUACAAUAAUAUAAAAUUCUGUAUCACAUGACUAAUAGAUGGUAUUCAUAGGGCUACAUACGCCAGCUUUUCACAACAGACAUAAACCUACAUAAACAUUUAUAAAGGCUUAUUCCAAGCAUCAGGUGUCAUAAAGGCUGCUUUUGAAAACCGUCAUUUCACCUCAGCAAGUCUUGUGACAUCUGUUAAUAAUAAUCCUUUAUUAGAGUCUGUAUAGGUUUGUCAUUUGUUGCGAAGGGCUUAUGUAGGCGUCAUGCAGCCUUUUGAGCGCUACCCUUCAGUAAAGACCUACCCAACAAUGUCACUAGCAUUAGGAUGAUUUCACUUUAUAAUGUAUCAUUGAUGCAGGGAAUAUAUCCAGCGGUCCUGUAAGGCGGUACAUUACAGCUCUGCAUGCUUCUUGUUGUGCAUGGAGUGGCUUCAGCGUUGGAAAUGCAGUUAGUGUAGAAGAAGGAUGUGUUUGAACUGUUGUCAUAGGUGCACUUGUUUGAAAAGGGGUCACGUAGCCUCGGUAAUGGUAGAAAAGGUCGCCGUGCACGUUUUAAAAGGGUUUCGGGCCGUCUUGCCGCAGCGCGGGUCCUUCCUUAGCUGACUUUUUGGUUAGAAGAAUAGAGCGGAAAUGUAUUCAGUGUGUCUCUGUGUGUGUUUGUGUGAGCGUGUGUGACUUUUUCUUCCUAUUUUGUUUUCUUGCAAUUUACAGUAGAAAAGAAAUAAAUGCUAAUUGCUCACCUGCAUAA